AUGGGGCACCUCAUUAAAGCCGUCAUUGGUUAUAUUUCACAAAGAGUCAUAAAAGACGAAUUCCCUUUUCCCCAACCCAUCUAUAAAAUAAACGGACAUUCCAAGUACGCUGCUAUCGUCUUCCUCGCUCUUUUGCAGCCAUCACCAUUGGAUUACAGCCGAUACUUCAGUCUUGCUGUAAAGUCAGCAGCUGGGCUUUCCUGUUGUCGGAGAGUAUCUUGUCGUGUGGCUCCGAAUCCUCUCAUAACCCCAAACGGUCAACUCUUCAUUUGA